UUUUAUUUUAUGUAGGUCGGAGAACGAUUAGAGGAUGCGAUAGAGUCAGCGUGGAUUCAACGGUGUUUGCGUAAGGAAAUGCAGUCGCCGCAGAUGAGUCAAGCCGGUCACGGCCAGGCCGUCACCGCCCAGCUGGUCGGGGUCAGCUCGGCCAACGUCGUCUCGUCGGUGGUCACCUCCGUCGCCCAAGCACAGGCGACGGGUCAGCUGCCGGCCAUCGCCCCCGCACCCGGCCCCCAGACCACGACGCUGGGGACCCUGACCCAGCAGUCCCACCUGGCAGGAGCGCAGCAGCAGCAGAUCGGGCACCCCGGCGUCGCACAGACGCCCAUGCCUCAGGUGAGUCUCGAUCCCGCUUCGAGAGCGUCUCUCUUCCUUCUUUAG